AUGACUGUUCCCAAGGUACGCUGGCAUUGGGUGGGUGGCCAGAGAUCAGAGAUGGCUCCAGGAGAUGGUGGAGUUUGCAGGGGACCUUGAGCAGAUGUAGAGGAGGCCCCUGGGAGUGGCACAGGGCUGGGAGUACCAGUGGGCGGAGCACAGGUGAGCGGGAGACGUCCCCCAGAGCCCCAGUCUUUGGUGCCGCCUGGCUGCCACUGGUGCUGCGGGGCUGCUGAGUGUGGGUGCUCUCCGGCCGUGCGUCCAGGGUGCACGCCCGUCAUGUGGCCACCCUCAGGGGGAGGGGCUCCAGGGACUUGAAAGAUGUGCAGAAAGGGUUCAUUCUUUCUGGGACCUCAGCCCACCCCAGGCCUGGAGGAGCAGGAGGCCUGGCCAGCCGUAAGACAGCAAGCCGCCCAGAAACGUAUGUCUGGACCUGAGGAACGGUACCUCCACAGAGGAGGUAGGGAGGGGGGCUGAGGGUCUGGAGUUCAGAGAGACUAGAAGCUGGGUCUCUGAGGGCUUGGGGUCCUGGCUGGGAAGCGACCACUCUGGUGGGAAGCUGGGGUCUCUUCAGCGGGGUCAUGGCCGAGUGGACGUGGGUACAGACAGGGAGAGGGCGAGUGUGAGGGCGGUCUGGGAGGACACGAGCGCCUGCUGGUGCGGCGAUGAGCUGAGCGGGACGCCUGUGAGUGAGGACCCCUUUCUCCUCCCCAGUGGGACUAUGUCUGUGCAGGGCCCCCAGAGGAGGCUGCUAGGCUCCCUUAACUCCAUACCCCCAGCCACCCCUCCGCUCAGGCCGCCUACCAACCAGACGGGGCCCCAGUGCCUGGAGGUGUCCGUUCCCGACGGGCUCUUCCUCAGCCUGGGGCUGGUGAGUGUGCUGGAGAACGUGCUGGUGGUGGCCACCAUCGCCAAGAACCGCAACCUACACUCGCCCAUGUAUUACUUCAUCUGCUGCCUGGCCAUGUCCGACCUGCUGGUGAGCGUGAGCAACGUGCUGGAGAUGGCCGUGCCGCUGCUGCUGGAGGCGGGCGCCCUGGCCGCCCGGGCCACCGUGGUGCAGCAGCUGGACGACGCCAUUGACAUGCUUGUGUGCGGCGCCAUGGUGUCCAGCCUCUGCUUCCUGGGCGCCAUCGCUGUGGACCGCUACAUCUCCAUCUUCUACGCACUACGCUACCACAGCAUCGUCACGCUGGCCCGCGCCUGGCGCGCCAUCUCCGCCAUCUGGCUGGCCAGCGUCCUCUCUGGCGCGCUCUUCAUCGCCUACGACAACCACGUGGCUGUGCUGCUUUGCCUCGUCAGCUUCUUCGUGGCCAUGCUGGUGCUCAUGGUGGGGCUGUAUGUGCACAUGCUAGCCCGGGCCUGCCAGCACGCCCGCCGCAUCGCUCAGCUGCACAAGAGGCAGCGCCCUGCCCGCCAGGGCUUCAGCCUCAAGGGCACCGCUACGCUCACUGUCCUGCUGGGCAUCUUCUUCCUCUGCUGGGGCCCCUUCUUCCUGCACCUCUCGCUCAUGGUCCUCUGCCCUCAACACCCCAUCUGUGGCUGCGUCUUCAAGAAUUUCAACCUCUUCCUCACCCUCAUCAUCUGCAACUCCAUCGUCGAUCCCCUCAUCUAUGCCUUCCGCAGUCAGGAGCUCCGAAAGACACUGCAGGAGAUGGUGCUGUGCUCCUGGUUCGGCGGUGGCGAGGGUGAUGGCAUCAGCCAAUUUGAAGGCAGGGCUGGUAAUGCCUCAAGCCUUCGGCAGCCACGGGCAGCCACCCUCACUCUGCCCCAGCCAGGCCCCACCCUGCUGGUAGCUUCAGCCCAAGCUGCUGGCCUUGAGGCCAGGCGCUGGUUCCCGGCAGGGCCAGCCUUUGCUGGGAGACAAGAUAACCCCGGUGGCGGCGGGCGGAGACGGCGGGCGGAGCGCCGCAGCGCGCGGCCGAGCCGAACCGGGAUGCGCGGUGCUGAUGCUGCAGGGCCCGUGCGGCAUUCUGCGGCGGCGUCCCCCGAUUGGCCGCGCGCGCCAGCCCCGGCCCGUCCGCGCGUGUCCCGCAGCCGCCCGCCACACGCACCGAGCAUGAGGGAGAUCGUGCACAUCCAGGCCGGCCAGUGCGGCAACCAGAUCGGGGCCAAGUUCUGGGAGGUCAUCAGUGACGAGCACGGGAUAGACCCCAGCGGCAACUAUGUGGGGGACUCGGACCUCCAGCUGGAGCGCAUCAGCGUCUACUACAACGAGGCCUCUUCUCAUAAGUAUGUGCCUCGGGCCAUUCUAGUGGACCUUGAGCCCGGAACCAUGGACAGCGUCCGGUCUGGUGCCUUUGGACACCUUUUCAGGCCUGACAACUUCAUCUUCGGUCAGAGCGGAGCCGGCAACAACUGGGCCAAGGGGCACUACACGGAGGGCGCCGAGCUGGUGGACUCCGUCCUGGACGUGGUGCGGAAGGAGUGUGAGAAUUGCGACUGCCUGCAGGGCUUCCAGCUGACCCACUCGCUGGGCGGGGGUACAGGCUCCGGCAUGGGCACGCUGCUCAUCAGCAAGGUGCGGGAGGAGUACCCGGACCGCAUCAUGAACACCUUCAGCGUGGUGCCUUCGCCCAAGGUGUCGGACACGGUGGUGGAGCCCUACAACGCCACUCUGUCCAUCCACCAGCUGGUGGAGAACACGGACGAGACCUACUGCAUCGACAACGAGGCCCUGUAUGACAUCUGCUUCCGCACCCUCAAGCUGGCCACGCCCACCUACGGCGACCUCAACCACCUGGUGUCGGCCACCAUGAGCGGCGUCACCACCUCCCUCCGCUUCCCUGGCCAGCUCAAUGCCGACCUGCGCAAGCUGGCCGUGAACAUGGUGCCCUUCCCCCGCCUGCACUUCUUCAUGCCCGGCUUCGCCCCGCUCACUGCCCGCGGCAGCCAGCAGUACCGCGCGCUCACGGUGCCCGAGCUCACCCAGCAGAUGUUCGACGCCAAGAACAUGAUGGCCGCCUGCGACCCCCGCCACGGCCGCUACCUGACCGUGGCCACCGUCUUCCGCGGCCGCAUGUCCAUGAAGGAGGUGGACGAGCAGAUGCUGGCCAUCCAGAGCAAGAACAGCAGCUACUUCGUGGAAUGGAUCCCCAACAACGUGAAGGUGGCUGUGUGCGACAUCCCGCCCCGGGGGCUCAAGAUGUCCUCCACCUUCAUCGGCAACAGCACGGCCAUCCAGGAGCUGUUCAAACGCAUCUCGGAGCAGUUCACCGCCAUGUUCCGGCGCAAGGCCUUCCUGCACUGGUACACGGGCGAGGGCAUGGACGAGAUGGAGUUCACCGAGGCCGAGAGCAACAUGAACGACCUGGUGUCCGAGUACCAGCAGUACCAGGAUGCCACGGCCGAGGAGGAGGGCGAGAUGUACGAAGACGACGAGGAGGAGUCUGAGGCUCAGGGCCCCAAAUGAGGCGGCUAGAGGGCCAGAGCCA